AGGCGCGUGCACGUCUCCGGUCAGCUGGAGCAGUCAGUCGGUGGAACCGGGACGAGCGCGAACGAGUCACAUCUCUGUCCUCAUCCUCCUCUUCGUCAGCCACGAUGAAGCUGGUGCGGUUCAUCAUGAAGAACGCGGCUCUGGCCAGUGUCCCCAAACACAUCGAGCACUUCUCCAAGUUCUCCCCCUCCCCGCUCUCCAUGAAGCAGUUCCUCGACUUCGGUUCAAUCAACGCCUGUGAGAAGACGUCCUUCGUCUUCCUGAGACAGGAGCUUCCUGUGCGACUCUCCAACAUCAUGAAGGAAAUCAACCUCUUGCCCGACAAACUUCUCACAACCUCGUCUGUGCAGAUGGUGCAGAGCUGGUACAUCCAGAGCUUAAUGGAGAUCCUUGAAUUCCUUGACAAGAAUCCUGACGACCACAAAGUCCUGGGAGAGUUUGUCGACGCCUUGGUGACCAUCAGGAACCGGCACAACGACGUCGUGCCCACCAUGGCCCAGGGCAUCAUCGAGUACAAAGAGGCCUUCUCCCAGGACCCAGUGACCAAUCAGAACAUCCAGUACUUCCUGGACCGCUUCUACAUGAGCCGCAUCUCCAUCCGCAUGCUCAUCAACCAGCACACUCUUAUCUUUGACGGCACCACCAACCCCGUCCACCCCAACACCAUCGGCAGCAUCGACCCUCUCUGUCGGGUCGAAGACGUCGUCCAGGACGCCUUCCACAGCGCCAAGAUGGUGUGUGACCAGUACUAUCUCUGCUCCCCCGAUCUGAUACUGCAGGAGAUGAACAAUAAGAAGAAGAACCACUCGAUAAACAUCGUGUACGUGCCCUCUCACCUCUAUCACAUGCUGUUUGAGCUCUUCAAGAACGCUAUGAGAGCCACCAUCGAGACCCACGAGAGCAGCAACAACCUCCCGCCCAUUCAAGUCAUGGUGUCUCUGGGAGGCGAGGACAUGUCAAUCAAGGUGAGCGACAAGGGGGGCGGUGUCCCAUUUCGUAGGAUCGAGAACCUUUUCAGCUACAUGUACUCCACCGCUCCCGCUCCACAGAUAGGAGAGCACACGCGGCCUCCACUGGCUGGCUUCGGCUACGGCCUGCCCAUCUCCCGACUCUACGCCAAGUACUUCCAGGGGGACCUGCAGCUCUACUCCAUGGAGGGCCACGGCACAGACGCUGUCAUCUACCUGAAGGCGCUGUCCACAGACUCCAUCGAGAGGCUGCCUGUGUACAACAAAACCGCUCUGAAGAACUACAAGGUGAGCCAGGAGGCGGACGACUGGUGCAUCCCCAGCACGGAGCCCCUGGACCUGAGCAACUACAAGGUGGCCAAGUGAAAGUGUCCUGGUGCUGCAAGGCUUCGGACCUCGAAGCCUCCGGAGUCUCCACAGCCUCACGUCAUCGCUCCGCUGAGGCAGAAGGGGGCGCUCUGGUUUUUAGCCUGUAGCUCGUUCUCGUUGUUUUCAGUCUCUGUCGUUCUGCUGCUUCUUCAUGAGAAAAUAGACGAAUAGGAAACGGAUACUAACACUCGUCACCACUGAGACUUUGGAGGUGUACACUUUUUCUGCAUCAGCUGUGUGUGUGUGUGUGUGUGUGUGUGUGUGUGUGUGUGUGUGUGUGUGUGUGUGUGUGUGUGUGUGUGUGUGUGUGUGUGUGUGUGUGUGUGUGUGUGUGUGUGUGUGUGUGAGCGGCAGCACCCAGCAUGCAAUGGGAGUAAACAAAGGUGUGAAUAUGAGUGGACUGAUGAAGAGUAGCGGAUGCUGGUUUACGUUUUCCCAUCUGAAGACAUUUUACAUGACGUGUAAAUGUUUGAGGGAAACACUGAAACCAGAUGUUGAACAUUUGAACGAGAACCACUUCCUGUCGUCUUCACGUCACCGAGGCCUUAAAGUAGCAAAUUCACCCAAAGGCUCCUUCAUUGGAACUACUUGGAAAGGUUUCCAGUACUGUGAUACUGGGAAGUGUAGAUCUGAACAAAAUUAGCUUUUGUGAUUUCUAUGGUUUUCUUCCCUCUUGAGUCCAGAGCGCGUUCUUUCAGUUUGAGAGCAGGACUUAUUGAUUUCACGUUUAGAUUCUCUACCGCUCUCACUCGCGCUCACACUCAGUUCUCCCUCUGCUUGAGGUUAGAUGUCCUGUGCACCAGCUUCAGCUUCACUCCUCGCUGCCUCGGUGAAACGUCUGCUCUCGGAUUUCACCUGUCCUGGCGUUCUAUUGGUUGGGGAAUUUGUUGCACACACACAAAAAAGAAAGACGUUUGCACUGAGCGUGAGAACAGCUGGAGCUGGAGCGCAAGCAGGGGCUAUUAGAGCGUGAGCGUUACAGAAUCUGAACAUGAAAUCAAAAAGUCCUGCUCCCGAACUGAACGACCGCGCUCCAGAAUAAACAGAGGACAGAAGAAACCCAGAGAUUCUUGUGUGGACGUGUGUUCGCCCCUUGUGAUUUUUCAUUUCUUUAAAACCAUGGUAACCAGUGUUCCCACUGAGUGAAAAGAUACAGAGUUAUCUUAGUAUCAGUUCUUGUUUUGUUUUUUUCCCGGACCAGGAUGAAUGUAAUUAGUCUUCCGUGCAUUAAUUAGCAUUAAUUAUGAUAUAAUAGGAGCUGCAGCAGCGAAGGGCCCAGGUUCUCUGUGCUUUUGAGCUGAUUUCACUGCAGGCUGUUGAACCACAGGAGGUUGGAGCUCUGAUAAAGAAAGGCCAGUUUGUGACACUGGGCCGUACGAGGACAAAGUGCUGUGGGUCCACACGUGUUUUCUUUUGUAUUAUAUUUAUCUUAAUCAUACAGUAUGUGAAAGGUUAUUUUUUAUAGCUACACUUUUGUGACUGAAACAAUUGUAAAUACUGUAAAUACAAAUAAUAAAAAAAACUUCACAACAAAA